AUGUUUGUUAACAAUAUUAGGGCAGAUGGCAGCAGCUGUAGGAAGAGGACGAGCUAGAGGUAUCAGGGGUACCCGACCUCCAGGAGACAGUCCCAGCACAAUCAACUCUCAGUCCCCAGUGGCUAGCCCCCCACCCCCAGUUCUGCUAACACCCACUGCUCCUACUACAGAACCACACUUCGUUACAGAACCACUCCCAGCAGAUACUACUCCUGCUCUUCAGACUCCACAUGAUAUAGCUACUUCUUGUUUGAACUUGUUGAGGAAUCCUAAGAGACGAAAUCAGUUAGACUGUUACAGGGACUGCAUUGAAGUGAUUAAAAACUGUUUGGGUGCUCAGGAGAACUCAAAAAUCUGGGUUGAAAAGUGUAUUCAGGAUAUUUACGGAAACUUAUCCUUGUCACAAGAGUUUGUUCAGCUUAUUUCUACUAUACAGGCUGAUAAGUCAAUGCCAACGUCAAAAGAGUUGGUGGCGGCCACUUUGCGGGCGAUGAAUCAAGAAAUGCUCAGAUUAAAGCCCGAAAAUCCAAUAACAAUGUCAGAAGAUCAAGGAGAAGCUUAUGCUUCUUUCACGGUCGUAUUAGCCGAGGUAGCUCUUCACAUCACCAGACAUGACGGUCAACCUAUCAAAUCGUUAACCGAUGUCGUAUUCAAGGAAUGUUUGCAAAUCUUGACUCAACCUGGCUUUCCUGAUCAGGUCUACAAAGCAAUUCACCAUGUGUUAGUGAGAUACGGUAAGAAGUUUGAAGACCAUAUAUAUCACGUGGCUCAAGCCGGAGCCGCCAAGAUUCCUGCAGAUCAGGUUUCUCGAGAGUUGGAGAGCUUGUACGAUAAAAUCAGAGGAAUUAUUAUCCACGACAGUACUUCUGACAAGUCAAGGUUGCUGAUGUUGGAAAUAGUCGAAAGAAGAGCUCACCAGUAUGUCAUGCCUGAGGAAUGUUUGCAGUACUACAAAACUGCUUGAUUGGGACACAGUUUUUAGUUUAAUCGCUAUCUAUUACUUUUUAAUGUUGAAACUAAAUUGAAUACAUAUUUUUUCUAUUCUUAAUAUUGAUUUUAUCAACGUUAGCGUACUGUUAAAUGCAAAAACUAAUCUGUGUAUCAGAACUCAAUACCAUAUUCUGUUAAUAGACCAGAAUUAAAGUACUGACUGCAUAAGAACUGGCUGUCCAAUUACAUGAUCCAUUUCAAGCUAUACAAAUUGCUUGAUUAUUAAUAUAACUGAUUCGAAAGUCCGGAGACUGUUGUUUUUCAUUUCAAUAAAUUUAUUCAUUUAAACAUAGUAUUAAUGUUUGGUAAAUAACAAACUGUCAAUUUCAUCUUCUUCAAUGUCAGCUUCUUUUC